UGAUUUCAAAUCGGAAAUGACAUUAAUCUGGGUCUAGCCCUUUAUUCCGAUUCGAGUUAUCGUCAGACUCUUCUUCUCACUGGUCGUCAUGUCAUCAUAUGCGCAGUUUAAUCCCUCGUUUGGGGGGGCCAUCCCGUGCCUACUUAAGUGGCUGCUCUGCUCGCCUACCCAUUCCGCUUCUCAGCAAAAGUCGGAUCCGAUUCAGCGCCGGCAAACAACAAUCGCGGGUCCUCUGGCAGUUGUUACUGUGUUCCCGGUCUGGGGGAUGGUUCAGCUGUGGUCGACCAUGGAUUACACACGCCACUCCCGAGAUUUCCUGCCAACGUUGCAGGGGGACUCAUGUCAUCGAUGAUGCAAUUCCUUGUUCAACGCGAUCAGGAACCUACAGUAACCGGCGGUGUCGAUAUAUACUUGGGAGAAGUUACUUAACCGUGUCGACACCGCAACGUCUGGUGUACUGUGUAGCAAUAACCUUGAUGCCUCGGGUACUUCCC